CCAUCGUGAGAAUGCCCUUUGCAAAACCAGCCGCCGCCGGAGUUUUGCUCGGAGAGGAGGAGCUGCAGGAAGGAGGCCAGAAUUCAAGGCGCAGCUCCUGAACGCAGGACGCUUUGCCAGCCUGGCGUUCCUCCAUCCCAACCCCCCACCCCCGCCAGAUGUACCGAGACUACAACUCCCACCAGCCCGCGGGGUGCAAGGAAGACUGACACGUGGCUCUCCCCUCCCAUUUCCUGCAAAAACCUCCUUCCUUUUCCGCGCGAAACCCCCGCCCUGCCUAGCAACUGAUGACGCGGGCAAAGGGGCGCCUUUUCCCCAUUGGCCGAAGGUCCUCUUUUUCCGCGCGGAGGUUUCCGCGGCUGGUCCCUUCUUCCCAUCCUCCGCGCAGCUUCUUGGCUUUCAAUUGUGCACAUCCCAGCUGUUUGCCUUUGGCCUUUUUGGAACCAGAUGCAGAGCACGGAUUAAAGGGAAGUCCUGAAACACAAAGGGGCCACAAGAUCAGGAACCGUGGAGGAUUCUGGGAAAGAACCAUGCAGAAGAUUCUGGGCAAUGACAACACCAGCUCAGGCGCUGAGUGUCAGCGCUUCAGAGAGUUUGGCUACCAGGAGGCCAAGGGACCCCGAGAGGUUUGCAGCCGACUCCACAGUCUCUGCCGUCGGUGGCUGAAGCCAGAAAGGCUCACCAAGGCCCAGAUGCUGGACUUGGUGAUCCUGGAGCAGUUCCUGGCUGUCCUCCCCCCGGAGAUGGAGAACUGGGUCAGGGAGUGCAGAGCCGAGACCAGCUCCCAGGCGGUGGCCCUGGCCGAAGGCUUCCUCCUGAGCCAGGCGGAGGGGAAGAAGCAGGAAGAGGAGAAACAGGUGGAAGAAAUGGUUGCAGACCCAGCUACCAACUUGGCAGAGGCAGAGGCAGCCCCUUCGGCCACAACACUGAGGCCGCCUUACAGGUGGAUCGUGCAGGAGGGCAGUGGAGGUGCCACCUUGCUGGGAAGUGGCACAACCCUGGCAAUUUCUCCCGCGGUUGGUGGAAGGGAAGGAGCUGCUGUCCAGUUGAAUAAGGCUCUGAUGAGCUUUGACGAGGUGGGUGUCUACUUCACAGAGGAGGAGUGGGAUCUGCUGCAUCCGGCUCAGAGAGCUUUGCACGGGGAAGUCAUGGAGGAGAACUGGGGGAACCUGGAGUCUGUCGCAGGUGCUGAAUGGGAGAGUGAGACUGAACCACAUAGCACAUCCUUGGAAGGAGCUGGGUGUAUAGACGGGAAAGCUCAGAGAAGGGAAAUAGAACCAGAAGAGAAGGACAACUCCUUUGCUUCUCAGUGUAGCGACUUGUGUGAAAUCCCAGCCGAAGACCAGGAGAAGAAAAGUAUUCAGUGCAGUGUGUGCGAGGAAAGCUUUAGUUGCGAAUCAAGCCUUAAUACUCACAUGAGAAUCCACAUCGAGGAGAAAGCGUAUAAAUGCCCGGUCUGUGAGAAGAGCUUCAGCUGUAGUGCACAUGUUAGUGAACAUCUAACAGUCCACAUAGCAGAGAAGCCAUAUCAGUGCUGGGACUGUGGGCAGAGCUUCCAGCACAGCACGAGUUUUACACGGCACUUGACGAUCCACACUGGGGUGAAACCAUAUAACUGCUCCGAGUGUGGGAAGAGCUUCCGCCUCAGGGCGUAUCUUAAUUCACAUCAGAAACUCCAUACAGGGGAUAGACCAUAUGACUGCUCAAAGUGUGGGAAGAGUUUUGUUAGCAGUGCACACCUUCGGUCACAUCAGAGAAUCCACACCGAGGAAAAAACGUACAAAUGUUUGGAGUGCGGAAAGAGCUUCAGGCAGCGGAUACACCUUAGCUCACAUCAGAUAAUCCACACAGGGGAGAAGCCACACAAAUGCUCCGAGUGUGGAAAGUGCUUCACUCACUGCAAAAGCCUCACACGGCAUCUCCUCACCAUCCACACAGGCGAGAAACCCUACAAAUGCUCCGAGUGUGGAAAGAGCUUCAACCACAGCAUGAACCUUAAGUUACAUCAGAGAAUCCAUACAGGGGAGAAGCCGUAUGAGUGUUUGGAGUGCGGGAAGAGCUUCAGCUGGAGGACCUCUUUUACUUCGCAUCAGAAGAUCCACAUGGGGAUGAAGCCAUAUAAGUGCUCCGAAUGUGGAAGGAGCUUCCGUAACCACAUAAGCUGCAUACGUCAUCAAAGUGUGCACACUGGAGAGAAGCCGUACACGUGCUCGGAGUGUGGGAAGAGUUUCAGUCACAACUCUAGCCUUACCGAACAUCAGAAAAUCCACACAGGGGUGAGGCCAUAUAUAUGUUCAGAGUGUGGGAAGACUUUCAUCCGGAGACUACACCUUACAAGCCAUCAAAGAACCCACACGGGAGAGAAACCGUAUAAAUGUUCGGAAUGUGGAAAGCGAUUCAGCCAGAGCUCGAGCCUGAAUGUACACCGAAGAAUCCACACGGGGGAGAAACCAUAUACGUGCUCGGUGUGCGGAAAAAGCUGCAGCCAGAGGUCAAACCUUAACGUACACGAAAGAAUUCAUAAAGGGGUGAAAGACUAUCAGUGCUCAGAAUGUGGGAAGAGCUUCAGUCGGAAGGGCAGUCUUACUUUGCAUCAAAGAAUUCAUUCUGGAGAGAAACCCUAUCAGUGCUUGGAAUGUGGAAAGAGGUUUCGUCAGAGUGGAGAUCUCACUUCCCACAAAAGAAUACAUACAGGAGAGAAACCUUACCAGUGCUUGGAAUGUGGAAAGAGCUUCAGUCACAGCACCCAUCUCACUUCCCACCAAAGAAUUCAUACAGGAGAGAAACCCUAUCAGUGCUUUGAAUGUGGAAAGAGCUUCAGUCGGAAGGACAGUCUCACUUCCCACCAAAGGAUUCAUACAGGGGAGAAACCCUAUCAUGCUUCAGAAUGUGGGAAGAGCUUCAGUCGGAAGGACAGUCUCACUUCGCAUCAAAGAAUUCAUACAGGGGAGAAACCCUAUCAGUGCUUGGAAUGUGGGAAAAGCUUCAGUCAGAGCACCCAUCUCACUUCCCAUCAAAGAAUUCAUACUGAAGAGAAACCCUAUCAGUGCUUUGAAUGUGGAAAGAGCUUCAGUAAGAGCGCCCAUCUCACUUCCCAUCACAGAAUUCAUACAGGGGAGAAACCCUAUCAGUGCUCGGAAUGUGAGAAGAACUUCACUCAAAAGGGCAGUCUUACUUUGCAUCAAAGAAUUCAUUCUGGAGAGAAACCCUAUCAGUGCUUGGAAUGUGGAAAGAGGUUUCGUCAGAGUGGGGAUCUCACUUCCCACAAAAGAAUACAUACAGGAGAGAAACCUUACCAGUGCUUGGAAUGUGGAAAGAGCUUCAGUCACAGCACCCAUCUCACUUCCCACCAAAGAAUUCAUACAGGAGAGAAACCCUAUCAGUGCUUUGAAUGUGGAAAGAGCUUCAGUCGGAAGGACAGUCUCACUUCCCACCAAAGGAUUCAUACAGGGGAGAAACCCUAUCAGUGCUUUGAAUGUGGAGAGAGCUUCAGUCACAGUUACAGUCUCACUUCGCAUCAAAGAAUUCAUACAGGGGAGAAACCCUAUCAGUGCUUGGAAUGUGGGAAGAGCUUCAGUCAGAGCACCCAUCUCACUUCCCAUCAAAGAAUUCAUACUGAAGAGAAACCCUAUCAGUGCUUUGAAUGUGGAAAGAGCUUCAGUCAGAGAACCCAUCUCACUUCCCAUCAAAGAAUUCAUACAGAGGAGAAACCCUAUCAGUGCUCAGAAUGUGGGAAGAGCUUCAGUCGGAAGGACAGUCUCACUUUGCAUCAAAGAAUUCAUACAGGGGAGAAACCCUAUCAGUGCUUGGAAUGUGGGAAGAGCUUCAGUCAGAGCACCCAUCUCACUUCCCAUCAAAGAAUUCAUACUGAAGAGAAACCCUAUCAGUGCUUUGAAUGUGGAAAGAGCUUCAGUCAGAGAACCCAUCUCACUUCCCAUCAAAGAAUUCAUACAGAGGAGAAACCCUAUCAGUGCUCAGAAUGUGGGAAGAGCUUCAGUCGGAAGGACAGUCUCACUUCGCAUCAAAGAAUUCAUACAGGGGAGAAACCCUAUCAGUGCUUGGAAUGUGGGAAGAGCUUCAGUCAGAGCACCCAUCUCACUUCCCAUCAAAGAAUUCAUACUGAAGAGAAACCCUAUCAGUGCUUUGAAUGUGGAAAGAGCUUCAGUAAGAGCGCCCAUCUCACUUCCCAUCACAGAAUUCAUACAGGGGAGAAACCCUAUCAGUGCUCGGAAUGUGAGAAGAACUUCAGUCGGAAGGACAAACUCACUUCUCAUCAAAGAAUCCAUACAAGGGAGAAAUCCUAUCACUGCUUGGAGUGUGGGAAGAGCUUCAGAAAGAGGGGCAGUCUUACUUUGCAUCAAAGAAUUCAUACAGGGGAGAAACCCUAUCAGUGCUUGGAAUGUGGAAAGAGGUUUCGUCAGAGUGGGGCUCUCACUUCCCACCAAAGAAUACAUACAGGAGAGAAACCUUACCAGUGCUUGGAAUGUGGAAAGAGCUUCAGUCACAGCACCUAUCUCACUUCCCACCAAAGAAUUCAUACAGGAGAGAAACCCUAUCAGUGCUUGGAAUGUGGAAAGAGCUUCAGUCACCGCACCCAUCUCACUUCCCACCAAAGAAUUCAUACAGGAGAGAAACCCUAUCAGUGCUUUGAAUGUGGAAAGAGCUUCAGUCGGAAGGACAGUCUCACUUCCCACCAAAGAAUUCAUACAGGGGAGAAACCCUUUCAGUGCUUUGAAUGUGGAAAGAACUUCACUCAGAGCAGCAGUCUCGCUUCCCAUCAAAGAAUUCAUACAGGGGAGAAACCCUAUCAGUGCUUUGAAUGUGGAAAGAGCUUCAGUCACAGCACCCAUCUAACUUCCCAUCAAAGAAUUCAUACUGAAGAGAAACCCUUUCAGUGCUUUGAAUGUGGAGAGAGCUUCAGUCACAGUUACAGUCUCACUUCCCAUCAAAGAAUUCAUACAGAGGAGAAACCCUAUCAGUGCUUGGAAUGUAGGAAGCGCUUCAGUUGGAAGGACAAACUCACUUUGCAUCAAAGAAUUCAUACUGGAGAGAAACUCCAUCAGUGCUUGGAAUGUGGGAAGAGCUUCAGUCAGAGAACCCAUCUCACUUCCCAUCAAAGAAUUCAUACAGAGGAGAAACCCUAUCAGUGCUUGGAAUGUGGGAAGAGCUUCAGUCAGAGCACCCAUCUCACUUCCCAUCAAAGAAUUCAUACAGGGGAGAAACCCUAUCAGUGCUUGGAAUGUGGGAAGAGCUUCAGUCGGAAGGACAGUCUCACUUCGCAUCAAAGAAUUCAUAGAGGGGAGAAACCCUAUCAGUGCUUGGAAUGUGGGAAGAGCUUCAGUCAGAGCACCCAUCUCACUUCCCAUCAAAGAAUUCAUAGAGGGGAGAAACCCUAUCAGUGCUUGGAAUGUGGGAAGAGCUUCAGUCAGAGCACCCAUCUCACUUCCCAUCAAAGAAUUCAUAGAGGGGAGAAACCCUAUCAGUGCUUUGAAUGUGGAAAGAGCUUCAGUAAGAGCGCCCAUCUCACUUCCCAUCACACAAUUCAUACAGGGGAGAAACCCUAUCAGUGCUUGGAAUGUGAGAAGAACUUCAGUCGGAAGGACAAACUCACUUUGCAUCAAAGAAUUCAUACAGGGGAGAAACCCUAUCAGUGCUUUGACUGUGGAAAGAGCUUCAGUCACAGCACCCACCUCACUUCCCAUCAAAGAAUCCAUACAGGGGAGAAACCCUAUCACUGCUUGGAGUGUGGGAACAGCUUCAAAAAGAGGGCAGGUCUCAUCCGCCAUCAAAUAAUUCAUACAGUGGCACCUCAGGUUAAAAACUUAAUUCGUUCUGGAGGUCCAUUCUUAACCUGAAA